AGGUUAGGGUCUCCCUAAGCACCUUGAAGUUGCGUUAAGCUGGAGUAUCCUGCUUGGAAGGACGCUCCUUUGGGUAGAAUGUUACAGGACAAUGUAUUCCCUCCUCUCCUGGGAAGUUUGAGAAUAAAAUCUGAGUCUUUUCAGUUUCACACAUGUUGGAUGCUGGCAGGAUGAUUGAAAUCUAACUUUUAUUUUGUUGUUGGUGAGGGAAAUAGCACUCAAAUGCAUUUGUUUCAGAAGAAUAAAUCCAGCCCAACUUAUCUGAGACAGGACAGCCUGGCCAACAUCCCACUGACCCCCGAGACCCAGCGGGACCAGGAGCGGCGGAUACGCAGAGAAAUCGCCAACAGCAACGAGCGGCGGCGGAUGCAGAGCAUCAAUGCUGGCUUCCAGUCUCUGAAGACCCUCAUUCCCCACACGGACGGGGAGAAGCUCAGUAAGGCGGCGAUUCUCCAGCAAACAGCUGAAUACAUCUUCUCCCUGGAGCAGGAGAAGACACGUUUACUGCAGCAGAACACACAGCUCAAGCGGUUCAUCCAGGUAGUGCAGCCCUGGCUGUUCUCGCCACUCCCCUGCCCUGAGCCCACGGUACCCCAUGGCCAGCCUGAGAAGCACGUGUUCUUGCCCAGGGUUACCUCUUCCCCCCCCACUCCCUGGCACUGGCUCCUCUUCCACACCCAAUGGUCUGGGCUCCUCUCUCUGAUUGGCUGGCAGGUGCGUUCCCUGGAGGCCCACAUGUACCCCGAGAAGCUCAAGGUGAUUGCCCAGCAGGUGCAGCUCCAGCAGCAGCAGGAGCAGGUGAGGUUGCUGCACCAGGAGAAGCUGGAAGGGGAGCAGCAGAUCCGAACGCAGCUCCUGCCGGCGCACGGUCCCCCCGCCCCUACCCAUCAUCCCACUGUGAUUGUACCAGCACCGCCUCCUUCCCAUCACGUCACCGUGGUAACCAUGGGCCCAUCCUCUGUAAUCAACACGGUCUCGACAUCCAGGCAAAACCUGGACACCAUUGUUCAGGCGAUUCAGCACAUCGAAGGGACCCAGGAGAAGCAGCUGCAGGAGGAGGAGCAGAGGCGCGCGGUCAUCGUGACGCCCGUCCGGGCGUGCCUGGAGCCCUCCAGUUCCGACACCGCC